AUGACAUCUAGACUGAAGAAGACUGGGAAACUUCGAGGCCACGUAAGCCAUGGCCACAGCUGCAUCAGCAAGCACCGGAAACAUCCAGGAGGCCGAGGUAAUGGCAGCAUGCAUCACCACAGGAUCAAGUUUGACAAAUAUCCAGGUUACUUUGGAAAAACGGGUAUAAGGCAUUACCACUUAAAAAGGAACCAGAGCUUAUGCCCGACUGUCAACCUUGAUAAACUGUGGACCUUGGUCAGUGAGCAGUCACAGGUAAAGGCUGCCAAAAACAAGCCUGGAGCUGCUCCUGUCAUUGAGGUGGUAAGAUCAGGCUACGACAAAGUUUUGGGAAAGGAAAAGCUCUGCAAACAGCCUGUCAUCGUGAAGGCCAGACCCUUCAGCAGAAGAGCUAAGAAGAUUAAGGUUGUGGGGGAACCCGUGUCCUGGUAG